AUGUCUUCUCAAGCCCCAAGAACGAGCAACAAGUUCCGAGAGGUCACCAAAGGCCUGAAGGAGAUCACCGCUCAUCCUAUAAACUCCUCCCAUGUUCAUAUUGAGAACCCCAUUGGCUCUGUACAGGUACCUGUGGGAUUGGCCGGCCCGCUGCUCGUCCGGGAGAUCGGGAAGGCCGGCGAGCAAAAGGGCGAAGAGGUCUACGCUCCUCUGGCUACCACCGAAGCGGCUCUGGUUGCCAGUUGUAGUCGGGGCUGCAAGGCGUUUAGUCGAAGCGGGGGCGUCCACAUCACAUCACUUAGUGAUACCAUGACCCCAGCCUUCAAGUUCGAUUCGCCCACCGACGCCCUACUCUUUGCCGAGCAAAUUCCUACUUUCAGUAGUGAACUGAAACGGAUUGCCGAGUCUACCAGUCGUCAUCUUCGGCUACUUUCCGUAACUCCCACGGUGGUGGGCUCCGAAGCCCACCUAAAAUUCAACUAUGCAUGUGGCGACGCUGCCGGCCAGAACAUGGCCACCAUCGCCACUCACCGUGCCUGCCGCGAGAUGCUGUUAGACCCUGCUGUUGCUCAGCUGCUAAAGGUUCGCGGAUUCCUCAUAGAGGCCGGUUUGUCGGCAGACAAGAAAGGAAGCUGGUCACAUCUGAUGAAACCACGAGGUGUAGAAGUCAUGGCAUGGGGUUCUAUUACCAAUGAGGCUGCUAAAGAGGUGCUCGGAUGUACAUCUGAGGCCAUGUACCAGGGAAUUUCUCGGCUGCAGUCCGCGAACAUCAGGGCAGGAGUACAUGGCAACAGUGUCAACGCCAUGAACAUCGUGACGGCUCUUUUCAUCGCGACAGGACAAGAUGUCGCCAGCAUCGCCGAAGCAUGCUGGAACCAGCUCGUGCCCGAAUACAACAACGAAACCAAGGUGAUAACUUUGUCGUUGUACAUCCCAUCGCUCCCAGUGGCCAUCGUGGGCGGCGGCACACACCUGGGCCCUCAGCGAGAGGCUCUUGAACUCAUGAACUGUAGCGGACCUGGAAAGAAAGGUCGGCUCGCUGCGUUAAUAGCUGCGUUUGCCCUUGCCCUGGAAGUGAGUACUGCGGGGGCCCUGCACACUGACACCUUUACCCAAGCUCAUAAGGGCCUUCGCCGAAAGCCCGAUGACGGUAACAAUGCAAAGCUCUGA